CUGGGGCGUGGUGACGAAGAUAGUUACCAUGGAGUUGCGCUGAGUAACCAGCAGGCAGUGGGACGCUGAGACCGGAGGGGAACAAUCCCUGAACCCAGUGGAAUGAAUCCCUAAUGGUGGAGUUUCAGGCUUCAGUGACAGGCUGAACCCAGACUCCCAGGGCCCAUGCUUCCACCUGAUGAACGAUGGCCUGAACUAUGAGCAAACGGGACUGUUUGAACACUUCGGUGCAGGAGCCUCCUCUUGACUACUCCUUCAAAAGCAUCCACGUGAUCCAAGAUCUGGUAAGCGAGGAGCCAAGGACAGGUCUACGACCAGUGAAGCACUCAAAGUCAGGAAAGUCACUGACCCAGUCCCUGUGGCUCAACAACAAUGUCCUCAAUGAUCUAAAAGACUUCAGCCAGGUGGUUUCACAGCUUCUGCAGCAUCCAGAGAACCUGGCCUGGAUUGACCUCUCCUUCAAUGACCUGACUUCCAUUGACCCUGUCCUAACAACAUUCUUCAACCUAAGUGUCCUCUACCUUCACGGCAACAGCAUCAUUCGCCUAGGGGAGGUGAAUAAGCUAUCUGUCCUCCCUCGUCUCCGAAGCCUGACUCUCCAUGGGAACCCCAUAGAGGAAGAAAAGGGGUACAGGCAGUAUGUGCUGUGCAACCUGCCCCGCAUCACCACAUUCGACUUCAGUGGAGUCACCAAGGCAGACCGCACCACAGCUGAGGUCUGGAAACGCAUGAACAUCAAGCCCAAGAAGGUCCGGGUCAAGCACGAUGUACUCUGAGAUUUCAAGGACCCCAGCACGCCUAAUGCCCUGAGGAUGAUCAGCUUGGUUUGACAAUAAAUAAUUUGAGCUGUUCAGCAGA